ACUGCAUCACCACCACCCCGCAACAUCAUUACGCACACUCACACAGAGCAGCACAACACACCGACGCUGCCGUCGUUCAUUUCGUAUAUCCGCUUAUUGGUUUUCGUACGCCGAAAUUUUCGUGAUUCGCCACUAGUGAAGUAACUAUCGAACGACUGCCGGUCAAACGUCCGACGCAAUUGUUUUUUGAUAAAUCUUUUUACAUUUUUCACACCGUCUCACGCGAGGCAACAGAAAACCAAUCGACGACGAAGCCGAUACAAUCAUCAUGUCCGACGUGUCCAAAGAAACGCUGAAGAAAGAGAUCGCCGCUCUUCUAAAAUCUGCAGAUUUAACAAAAACCUCUGCGAAAAAAAUAAGACAGGAACUCGAAAAAAAAUUAGACACAGAUCUUGAUGAUCGAAAAAAAGAAAUUGACACAUUAGUAAUGGAAGCAAUUAAAAAAGCUAAAGCUACCAAAAAGAACGGUAAAGGCGAUAGUGAUGAUGAGAAUGAUGAUGAUGAUGAUGAUGCAGAAAAUGACGAGGAAGAUGAAGAUGAUGAAGAAGAAGAAGAAGUGAAACCAGCCAAAAAGGUGGCUGCUCCUAAACGUAAGAAGGCUGAUAGCAGUGAUGAAAGUGCUGGUUCUGACGAUGAUGAUGGUGAUAAAAAUGACGGUGACUAUAGUCCUAAGAAAGGUACCCCCUCAAAAAAAAAGACCCCUGUUGCUAAACGAGGACGUAAGAAGAAGGAAGAUAGUGACAGUGAUGAGGACUGGAAAGGAGCCAAGAAGGGAGCAAAAAAAACUGGGACCAAACGAGGAGGUAAUAGUGGGUAUACAAAAUCAGUAACACUUAGUCCUGAACUUGCUUCUCUUAUGGGAUCUGAAGCUUUACCUCGUCACGAAGUUGUCAAAAAAAUGUGGGCAAUUAUCAAAGAGAGAAAUCUUUAUGAUCCAUCUAACAAACAAUACGCUAUUUGCGAUGAUGAUUUGAUGAAAGUUAUUGGAGUAAAACGUUUCAGAACUUUUGGUAUGAUGAAGUUCUUAAAGAAUCAUUUUAUAUCAUAACUGUGUUUUAAGUACUAGAAAAAAAAAUGUUUAUUGAAAUAUCCUACUUUCCCUCCCCCCAAUAUUUUCAUUUAUCUUAAAAUUAUGUUUACCCUUUGUGUUUCUUCGAUUUGUGGAAAUUCAUGGUAAUUUUUUUAUUAAUGAGAAACUGUUUCUCGAGUAUUAUAAUUUUUCAUUCCUAAAAAAAAAAAUUUUAAUUAAAUGGUCUUGACAUA